GUGGGAACAUGCAUAAUUGUUGUUUGUAGUCGAACACUUUAUGUUUAAUUAUUAUAUUGUUUCCGUUUUACCAGAGGAAUGGUCGGUAAAUGAUCUGCUGAAGCAAAGUUUUGGUUUUAUUUUUACUUGUAUACCAUAUUCUAUUUGGACAGGCGUAAUAGUUUACAUGAUUAAUUUCACAUGCACUUUCACAUGGAACUACAGUGAUUUGCUGUUAAUGAUAAUAAGUACAUCUUUAGCAGAAAAGUAUCGGCAAAUCAAUAAAGGAAUCCAAAAUGCGGUAGACACGAAGAUAGACAGCAACGUACGAAACAUUGCUAUUUGGAAAAAGAUACGAGACGAUUAUGACAGCGUUUGUAGAUUAUGCAGUCUGGUAGAUGGCUAUAUAAGCAACCUACUUCUACUUUCUUUCAGUAAUAAUGUAUUUGUUAUAUUAGUACAACUGUACAACAGUAUAAAUCGUGUGUAUUUUAUAUAUUCGUUUCUUUUCCUGAUUUUUCGCACAACUGCCGUUUCCUUGUAUGCAGCAAGCGUUAACGAAGAAGGUCGAGCUGCAAUGAAGAUAUUGUUUUGUGUUUCAAGUGAAGCAUACAAUGUGGAGGUUGAAAGGCUCCUAUACAAAAUUCAUAUAGAUCCACCUAUCUUUACGGGGAAACGAUUAUUUUAUCUAAAGAAACCAUUGAUUCUAAAUGUACAAAAUAUUGCAUUUUGGAAGAAGGUACGACAGGAUUACGGAAGCGUUUUUAAGUUAUGCCAAGCAGUGGAUGAUCAUAUAAGCAACUUGCUCAUUUUGUCUUUUGCUAAUAAUAUACUAGUUAUAUUAGUUCAGUUGUAUAACAGUAUAAAGUUAUUAAGAGGUAAUAGUAGCGGAAUUGAUCGUGUGCAUUUCAUAUAUGCAUUCCUUUACAUAAUUUGUCGGGCAACUGCAGUUGCACUGUUCGCCGCAAGCGUCAACGAAGAAGGUAGUGCAACAUUGAAGCACCUGUUUAAUGUUUCUACAGAAGCUUAUAAUGUUGAGGUAGAGAAGCUGCUCCAACAAAUUUAUGUAGAUCCGCCUCUUAUAACAGGGAAGAGGUUCUUUUAUUUAAAGAAACCUUUAAUUAUGCAUAUUGCCGUUGCAAUCGUGUCGUAUGAGUUAAUUCUCAUUCAGUUUAAGGUAAUUACCUAGCAAAUCUUGUGUAAUAUAGAAAAGUGGUCAUUAAAUUGUAAGGAUG